GGAGCGCGGAGCUCGCGUGGCGACUGGUAGCGAGUAGUGGCGAGGCGGAACCGAUCACUGCCGAGUGCUGAUCAGUCGUGGCCGAACACGAGAGCGGCGCGCACGCACAGCACGCACCAUGCAGCCCGGGCUCAGACAGUACACCAGGGACGAGGUCGCCGAGAGUAAGACCGCAACGGAGACACUCUUCAUCAUCGAUAAUAUCGUCUACGAUGUGCAUAAAUUUUUGGACGAGCAUCCCGGCGGACACGAGGUGCUCAUCAACGUCGCCGGCAAGGACGCCUCCGAGGAGUUCGAGGACGUGGGCCACAGCAUGGACGCCAGAGAACUCAUGAAGGGUUACGUGGUGGGCGAGCUCGUCGAUGCCGACAAAGUGCCCAUCAGCAAGAAGCAGUACAGCUGGGAGGACACCGCGAAGAGCUCCGAGACCGAGGCCUCCUUCGUCAACUCAUGGAAGUUCCCGGUGCUGCUGGGCCUCGCGCUCACCUUGCUCUACUCAUAUAUAUUCGGAUAGCUGCCUGUUAUCGCAACACGGAACUGUCGUUGCGAGUUCAUUUCUAUACUUUGUGGUUUAUCGGAUGAUUCUAGAAUGUAGCUAGGGUUAGAAGCACUCUGAAUGCGUGUGCGGUGUGUGGUGUGACGCCGGUAGCGGCGCGCAAUUACGGACCUUAUUCAUCAUCGCAGUGAUCAAAUAAAUAAAUGUAUUUUCCUCGUAAGUACUUUAUGCGUAGGUAAAAAAGACUUCUGUUGAUUUCUUCUGUACGCAAUGUCUUAUUUAAAUUUCAAACUACCUUAUACAUUUUAUCAAUUUCUAUUAAUUAUA